UUGAAAAACAUUGGUAACACUUCUCUCUCUCUCUCUCUCUCUCUCUCUUCCAUCGUCUUCUUUUCAUCGCUGUUAGGGUUUCCGGUGUCCAUGCAUACUGUCUCUCAUUGAUGCAUUCUUAAUUUUCUCAACUCCACUCCACUGCACCCUAAUUCACUCAACACUAGAUCCCAAUUCCUGCUUACUUACCUCCCCAAUUACAAACCUCUUCGCUACGAGGUUUUUGGAAUAAAAGGAAAUUUCCAUGGCUGAUGAACCGUUAUAUCCGAUAGCGGUGCUUAUAGAUGAGCUGAAGAAUGAUGACAUCCAGCUACGGUUGAACUCUAUUCGCAGGCUUUCCACGAUUGCACGUGCACUUGGCGAGGAGCGAACGCGAAGGGAGUUAAUUCCGUUCUUGAGUGAAAAUAAUGAUGAUGAUGAUGAGGUGCUUCUUGCUAUGGCAGAAGAGUUGGGAGUGUUCAUUCCUUAUGUUGGUGGAGUGGAGCAUGCUAGUGUGUUGCUCCCACCUCUUGAGACACUUUGCACUGUUGAGGAAACUUGUGUCAGGGAUAAAGCAGUUGAGUCACUUUGUAGAAUUGGAUCUCAAAUGAGAGAAAAUGAUUUGGUUGAACAUUUCAUCCCAUUGGUGAAGAGGUUGGCAGCAGGUGAAUGGUUUACUGCCCGAGUAUCUGCAUGUGGAUUAUUUCAUAUUGCAUAUCCAAGUGCACCAGAACCGUCAAAGGCAGAGCUAAGGUCGACAUACAGUCAGUUAUGUCAAGAUGACAUGCCAAUGGUUAGGAGGUCUGCUGCAUCAAAUCUUGGAAAAUUUGCUGCAACAGUUGAAUAUGCUCAUUUGAAGGCAGACAUCAUGUCAAUUUUUGAUGAUCUUACUCAAGAUGAUCAAGAUUCUGUUAGAUUGUUAGCUGUGGAGGGUUGUGCAGCUCUUGGCAAGCUGUUGGAGCCUCAAGAUUGUGUUGCGCAUAUACUCCCGGUUAUUGCUAACUUCUCCCAGGAUAAGUCCUGGCGCGUACGGUACAUGGUUGCAAAUCAAUUAUAUGAGCUCUGUGAAGCUGUAGGCCCCGAACCUACAAGGACGGAACUGGUGCCUGCCUAUGUGCGGUUGCUUCGAGAUAAUGAAGCUGAAGUACGCAUAGCAGCUGCUGGAAAAGUGACCAAAUUUUGCAGGAUUUUAAGUCCAGAUCUUGCGAUUCAGCACAUUCUUCCUUGUGUGAAGGAACUGUCAUCAGAUUCUUCACAGCAUGUACGUUCUGCUUUGGCUUCAGUAAUAAUGGGAAUGGCUCCUGUAUUAGGAAAGGAGGCAACAAUCGAGCAGCUUCUUCCUAUUUUCCUUUCCCUUUUGAAGGAUGAAUUUCCUGAUGUGCGCCUAAACAUCAUCAGCAAGCUUGAUCAAGUAAAUCAGGUUAUUGGAAUUGAUCUGUUAUCUCAAUCUUUAUUACCUGCCAUUGUUGAACUUGCUGAGGAUAGGCAUUGGAGGGUCCGGCUUGCAAUAAUUGAAUAUAUACCCUUAUUGGCAAGUCAAUUGGGGGUUGGGUUCUUUGAUGACAAGCUUGGUGCUCUUUGCAUGCAAUGGUUACAGGACAAGGUUCAUUCAAUUCGUGAAGCUGCUGCUAACAACUUGAAACGCCUUGCUGAAGAAUUUGGUCCUGAAUGGGCUAUGCAGCACAUAGUUCCACAGGUUUUGGAUAUGAUUAGCAAUCCACACUACUUGUAUCGAAUGACCGUUCUUAGAGCAAUCUCUCUGCUUGCUCCUGUCAUGGGUGCUGAAAUCACUUGUUCAAGGUUGUUGCCUGUUGUUAUUGCUGCAUCAAAAGAUAGAGUGCCCAACAUCAAGUUCAAUGUGGCAAAGGUAUUAGAGUCCAUCUUCCCCAUCGUUGAUCAGUCUGUGGUGGAGAAGACAAUCCGUCCAUGUUUGGUUGAGCUCAGCGAGGAUCCCGAUGUUGAUGUGCGAUUUUUUUCCAACCAAGCUCUUCAGGCAAUCGAUCAUGUCAUGAUGUCUAGCUAGACAGAAAUGUUUCGCCCGGUAUUGAAGACGAGGACACCAGUAGAUGAGUAAGAGGGUGCUAAUAUUUCCCAUCACCAUGAUAAUACUCACGUAACUGUAUUAAUAGCUAUAUCGUUUAUUGUGACACGAUACCCCUUAAAAAUUGAUGUGAUUUAGUUCCCAUAAUACGUUAAUUUUCAGAUAUCUGUAUGUUUUUACUUUUUAUUACAUUUUGCAUAGGUUCCUUA